GAUACCAAGUCAAGAUUUAUCAAUUGGAAGCAGCUUGCAAUUAGACAAUGAAUCCAACUAAUGGAUGUGUCAGAUAGUGCUGAUGACCACCCCGGAGAGGGUAGGAGAAAUAUUGCAAAGCCAAGACCGGCACUCCUAGCAUGCAGGCGCUGUCGUGCUCGCAAGCAGAAAUGCAGCCAGUCACGACCAUGCAGUAACUGCGUUCAGGCACAUGCCGCUUGUGUAGCAAGCCAAAAACCGCCAAGGGAAAGUCGAGUCAAUCCAGAGUAUGCACGGGCUCUUGAGGAGCGCAUACUCGAGCUCGAAGCCGAGCGAGAAUCCACCGGACGAAAUACCCGCGCCACCGUGGAAGCAUAUGAGAUGUCCUCGUCUGCGAAUGUUGCAGGAACAGCUUCAAGGGUUCAUAGACUUCAGCCUCAAUCGCAGCGCGAUAUGCCUGCUGAAAACUCACCCAUUGCAGUCAAUUCUCUACAUGCUGAAAGCAUCCGCGCUCAGAGCACCCCGUCACUCACCAUCCUCACGCCACCCACACAGCCUUCUCCUACCGGCCUGUCAGUGGGGGCAGUCGAGUACGAUGAGACAGGUAUCUCAACAGCUACCCAGGAUAAGCUCAUUCGGAUCUUUCUCGAACGCGUCAAUCCUCGAUACCCGUUCCUCCAUGAAGAAACGUUCAUCAGCUGGUACAGGGCAUGGCAAUCUGUGAAACGUUCGAGCCAGCCACUACCGGCUGAAGAGAAGUGGAAGGAAUUCUUUGUGAAGAUGGCUUUUGCGGUAAGCCUGCUGAUUGCUCCGCAAGUGUCCCCGGAGGACAUGAAGACCUCGCAGGCUUUAUACUCCUUGGCUAUGCCAUUGCUCGGGACUGUUUUUUCAUGUCUCGACCCAGUCAUACAUGUGCAGGCCUACCUGCUUUGCACAUUGCAUGCUCUCCAUUCGCCAUCGUCACAAACGGUUCUCACAAUGAUCUCCGCUGCUAUGCGUUGUUGCGUGAUCGCACAACUGCACCUGAACCUGCCGACGAGCAGUACCCGGGAUGAAUCAGCUUUGCUUGAUUUACAGAUACGACGUCGCGUAUUCUGGUCCGCCUAUGCCAUCGAUCGUCUACUUAGCUGGAUCUACCAUGUUCCCUCCAGCCUCGCUGACGAGAAUAUCCAAGUCGAGCCUUUUGCGAACCUAAAUGACGACGAAAUAAAAGCAUGGGCCUCAAGGAGCGAACGGCCGGACGAGACCGAAUCAACGCCUCGUAUAACGCAGGUUUCAUCCGCGUUGCAUCUGAUUCAAGGCAGAAGGAUCCAAUCGCGAAUUCUCGGCAUCAUGAUGCGCACAGACUACGAACACCGCUUUGCAGCACAUCACAACUGGCGCUUGCAUAUGCUGGAAGCGCUUGAUCAGUGGAAAAUGCAAUUGCAACCUCAUAGUGACCCAGCCUCUGAAGGAUAUACGAGCGAAGGUUGGGUGGGUAUGCUGUAUAAUUAUACUAUUCUUAUAUUAUAUCGACCGACCAAAGAGAAUCUCUGCCGAUUUGUCCGCGAGCGCUGUAUCACAGCAUGCUCCAACAUUCUGCAUACAUUCUGGAUAUACCUGAAGAGACGCCAGACGGCGCAGCUUUGGCCUGGACUUUUGAGUCAAUUUGGCACAGGCAUAAUCUUGCUAUACUGCCUCUGGGCAACACCACCCUCGGAAAGACCGACGUCAAUCCGAUUUUCAGAAAUUACCAAGGCCAUUAGAACAUGCACGGUCAUUCUUGCGGUUCUAUCCGAGCGCUGGACACAAGCUGAAAUACUGCGAGACGUCUUUGACCUUCUCGCAGAUUCGGUUCCGGUGCAAGACACCCCUGACUGCGUGGAAGAGAAUGGACUAUCGACACAGGCAAGGCAAAUCAUCAAGUCCCGCUUGCCUAUGCUACAUGUCAUAAUUGUAAAUAAGGACAUACUACGGAUGUUGAUGGAGAUGGUUACUGAAAACUACCCUUGGACAGGUCACAGAGAUGUACCGAAUGUCUACCGCUGGUGCUCUGAAGACAAGCAUGAUGCAAACGGGUGUACAUUGUGCUGGGAGGGUAGACCUAUGGUAGGAGAGCUAGAGAGCCUUCCUCAGGAGGAUUUGCUCUCAAUGGGUCUGUGGCCAUCGCUAUAUGAUGACACAGGGGGAUUGUACACUUCGCCUUCAGGGGGUUAUCCAUCUUUCCCAGGGCUGUUGGGAUCUAUGUAGCUUGUGUGUGGGAAGGCAUGACCUACGUACUAAGAAGAUAGACCAACCAGAAAGGAACUAAAGACCUGGAUUUGGGGCUGAGAUUCAUGGCCUCAUAUGCCCGUCUACUUUUUGUUCUUACAACGACUCCUCUUUUCU